UAAUGUCAAGAAACUCAUUCUUCCUGUCUCUGACCUGAACUCUUCUUCUCUGCAGGAAGUGACUGCAGCUGUAACAUGACCAACAGCCGCUGUGACGAGACAGGAGUGUGCAGAUGUGACCCUGGUUGGGACGGUCAGCACUGUGACCUCUGCGUGCCAAUGCCUGGCUGUCUGCACGGUUCCUGUCAGCAACCAUGGCAGUGCAGCUGUGAGCCAGGCUGGGGGGGCCGAUUCUGUGACAAAGACCUGUUCGUGUGCUCACAGCAGCAGCCCUGUCAGAAUGGAGCCACCUGUGUGAUGGAGGACAGUGGUGAAUACAUGUGUCUGUGUCCUGAGGGUUUCCAUGGCAGAGACUGUCAUCUGAAGACCGGACCCUGCCAUCAGAGGAGGUCUCCAUGUAAAAAUGGCGGUCUGUGUGAGGAUGCAGAUGGCUUUGCAGAGAAGUUAAUGUGUCGCUGCCUGGCCGGCUUCACGGGAGCGCACUGUGAGAUAGACGUGGAUGACUGUCAGAUGAAGCCAUGUGCCAAUGGCGCAACUUGCCUGGAUGGUGUCAACCGCUUCUCGUGCCUCUGCCCGGCUGGCCUCACUGGGCGGUUUUGCACGGUCAACCUGGACGACUGUGCCAGCCGGCCAUGCCUCAAUGACGGCCGCUGCUUGGAUCUUGCCGGAGGCUUUCAUUGCAUUUGCAAGCCGGGCUACAUCGGCACCACCUGUGAAACUGUGCUGAUAAGACACAACGACCAAGAGCCUGGCUGGACGACGGUCGGCUGGGAAGGAGGUGGGGUCAGACCUCAGCUGACCACUGGGGAGAGAAACCAGAGGAGCAGCAUCACCAACAGUAAUGACAGCAGUCCUCAAGGCGACAGGCUGCUAAAGGUGACAGUGAGCGAGCGCGGCGCUGCUGGCCUGUCGGAGGUGCAGCUCAUCAUCCUGCUGGUGCUGGCUGGGAUGACACUCGGGGUGGUGGUGCUGACCGCCACCCUUGUACUGCAGGGUCACUGCAGGGAUUGUAGCCACGCCCUCUGCCAGUCUCUGACAUUAUCAUCAUCAACAUCAUCAUCACAACAGGGAGGAAAGACAAAGUGCCGGCAAACAGGACAGAUGAGCAUGAAUGUCAGAUUAGCUUCCUGAAUGUAUCAGAACAGGAGAAGAAGAAACUGAAUACUGAAGUGGUAUAGACUGAGCGGGUGUAACACCCAUGGAACAAAAACAGAGAGAGACAGAGAGAGAGACACUGGUGGCUAGGCUCUCUCACACAGCACUGCAGAGUCAAAGGACAGAGGAACCUGGGUCUGAACUGGGUCCACCAACAGGAUGAGUUUUUAGUCUCAAACUGUGAACCUGUAGGAACCACAUUACCUGGUGCCUACAUCACCAACAAUGAACCCCAGCAUGUUCAGUUGUGUAUCAGUUGGGGUGUUGGAUUUUUAUCCUGGAGCAUGUAGCCUGCCGUAGAGAUGAGCAGCGGUCUACAGAGGUCUGGAAAGAUACAGUAAGUUUAAAAACUUAAGUCUUGGGUCACAAAAAAACACUGAGUGACAUCACUUAAGGGCUUUUAUUGGACUUCAAACAGAAUACUCUGAAGACACUUAAUGCUAGGAGUUGUUCCUUUCACCUGCUAACCCUGAGGAACACCUGCAGAUGUGUUAAAACGAGAUGUCAUUUACCCAGGUUUGAUGUUUUGAAUGAACACAGAUCAGAUUUUUAAUCUAAAAAACAGGACGAGAUGUACAAAACAAUAUACAGUACACACUAUUUGUGUUAUUUAAAGCUCCUGGGAGGAGUUUUUUUUUGCUGGUUUUGAAACAGACUGUUAUUAAUUCUGAUCUAUAGAGCUACAAAAACAAACAAAACCAUCAGUGACAAAUCUGUUUAUUUCUAUAAAUGUAUCUUUAAUGUCUGAAACCUUUGGAGAAGGGUAGGUGUCAGAUGAAAAGAUCAGCCCUGUUUUACAUUUUCCAUGGCAAAGAUUCAUGAAGAGAGAUAUGUUUGACAUUUAAAAGACGUUUUUAUUCAAAAACACGACUACAGGACAUAAUAAGCAAAGAUAUAAGAGCUGCAGCUUUGUGCACAGAGGACCUGAAAAAACAACACAGUGAAAAGUUCCUCACAGGACAUUUAUACUUUUUUUAAUCAACCCUGCUAAAUAGGUGGUUAAUGGACGUGGACUUGUAAAGUGCUCCCCUACCUUUUUUAGUCUUCUAACUAGUCAGUGCUUUUGAAACUACAUGUCACUUUCACCCAUUCACAGCACAUUCACACACUGAUGGCAGAGGCUGAUACAUAUUAACUUCUGAUGAAGUGACUAUCCCACUGAGCCACAGACAAUGCAUCCUUAUGCAUUGUGUAAACUUGAAAAAAUUACUUAUUAAUAUAUUAUUACAAAAUAAAUUGGGACUAAGUCCAAAUGGUAGAAAAGGUUUCAGGCACAUCAUGUAUUGGUGAUUUGAUCAACAGUCCCUAUUAAGGUCCAUAGCUCAGUAAUCCAGAGUCAAGAAUGCAUUCAUUUGAAUGAAAAUAAAUAAAAACAGGUUUAAUGUAUUAACUGGGAAUCUUAAAAGAUGUACAAAGAUGGAUUUUGUUCACUUUGAUUUGCGGCAGACCAGCUGUUUCACCCUGUUUUCUCUCUUCAUCAUAAGCUUAGCCUAAAUAGCUCCUGGUUGAGUUUCUUACUCAUAUAACAGAAAAAGAGUUGUGUAGAUUUUAACUUUUGAAACUCUAAGACAGGAAGAGAAAAAGAGUAUUACUGUGAAUGUUGAACACUUCCUUAAGAGCCUUCCAACAAAAGAAGACACACUCAAUGGAAAGACCCAGCACUAACACUUAUGAUCUCAGAGGUGUUUGCUGUCCACGUAGUAAAGACAGAUUAUCUGUCAGGAAGAAGUUCAAUGUUGAUGUGACGACAAACAAUGUUUGUCUCUGGUGGUGUUUUGUUUGUUCUCUGGGGAAUCUGAUGAGAAAACUACAAUCACAGAAAAUCAGAGUAGACAUAAAACACACAUAAAAGCAAACCAAGUAACAUGUUAAAGCGCUCAGCUCUGUUACAUUUCAACCACACAUUCAGCUUGGACAGAAACUGGGGAAGAAUGUAACAACAGAAAUAAUCUAUUGUGUUUCAGCACAUCAACUCAUCUUUAAAUAAUGGAGUGAUUGAGACUUUAGACUUUUUUAUAUGAAACUUGAUGUGCCAAUAUAAUUGACAUAUAUAUGUACUAUAUAUGUCAUGUAAAAGUAAAAAAAACUUGUGGUCAGAAAAAAUAAGAACAAAUGUGAUAUUAAAAAUGUAUUUUCCUUUUAUCGCACUGUUUUUAUUCAACAUACCAUAAUUAUUAAACAUAACAUAAUUGGUAUACGUUUACUUCAACAGUACCCAGAUAUCAACUUUUAUAUGAAUAUCCUGUCCUCAGGAAAUGUGAGCUCAGAGCAAACAUGUCGUUUUUAUACCGUGUCUUAUAUGUGGGUGAAUUCCUCUGUGUUCUUAACUAUCAUGUGUUAAACAGAAACCCUGUGUCCCCUUGCAGCUUUAAAGCUAAUUUAUUGCCGUAAUUUAUCAGUGGUGUAUGAGUGUGUUGUUCUAUGCUGAGAGUCAGAGGUUUUUAUUAAAAACUGUGUGCAAUAAAGUUGUGAAUGACAAGCUCUGAA